AUGUCGAGUUUGCUAGGAGCCGGUUAUGAUUCCAGCGAAGAUGACGCCUCGGCCGUGCCCAAGCCCUCCGUGACGACCGCAACCCAGGUCAUCGCUGCACCAGAAGUCAAUACAGAGGACCAGGCGCAUAUGCAGAUGACCCUCGCCAAUACCUCUUCUCAAGCUCUCACCUACAACGCGACGUACGAUGAUCUGAUGCGCCCCUCGCAGGGGCCUGUGAAUCCGUUUAAAACAUCGGGUCCUGGAAAUGGAAUUAAGAGAAAGAACGUCCCAACAGGAUUUGCCGAAGAAGCGGCCAUCAGCGAGUCCACAUUCGCUGCGCAACAUCGCACUUUCCAAAGUCUUGGCUACACGCGCAAUCCAACACGGCCGGAUCAGUUCGUCGGAAACCUUGACAAUGUGGCGCAAUAUGGCGGCAAGGAUGUCGUCCAAAUGAAACCGACGAAAAGCGCUGCAGCAAAAUGGCGAACAAAGAGGCAAAAGAAGGGCGACUCCAGUAUCGUAGAAGGCGAUGGCGCUUAUCUCGGACCCUGGGCGAAAUACAACAACGACCAGCAAUAUGAUACAUAUGAGGUAGAAGGAGAUGAUCGCGAACUUGCCAGCGACGAGGAGUAUGUCGAAGAGGAAGAUGAGACCCUGGCCCCUGCAGAGCCCAUGCCGGCCAUGAGCAAGGCGGCCACCGAGUACGAGGAUGACUACUCCAGGCAGGAAACAACCGAAUUCCACGGCUCAGAGCAGUACGACUACCAGGGCCGGACGUACAUGCACGUGCCACAAGAUCUGGAUAUCGAUUUGCGCAAAGAACCCGGCAGCGUCAAGAAUUACGUGCCGAAAAAGCUUGUACAAACCUGGAAGUCACACACAAAGCCAAUUACCUCUCUUCGAUUCAUACCGAACACCGGCCACUUGCUGCUUUCGUCGGCAGCCGAUGGAAAGGCCAAGAUCUGGGAUGUGUAUCACUCUCGCGAACUGUUGCGGACUUUCUCGGGUCACAGCAAGGCAAUCUCAGACACAGACUUCCAUCCGUCAGGGAAGACUUUCCUUACCGGUUCAUACGAUCGACAGAUCAAGCUCUGGGAUACGGAAUAUGGCAAAUGUCUUGGCCGGUUCUCCACCGGCAAAACACCACAUGUCGUCCGCUUCAACCCUUCGGCCGAGCAUUCACAUGAAUUUUUGGCUGGUAUGUCCGACAAGAAGAUCGUUCAAUUCGACACACGGUCCGGCGAGCUUAUCCAAGAAUACGACCACCACUUGGCAGCCGUCAACACCCUCACCUUUGUUGACGACAACCGACGUUUCAUUUCCACAUCAGACGACAAGUCACUUCGCGCUUGGGAAUACGGCAUUCCCGUCCCAAUCAAGUUCAUCGCAGAGCCAUACAUGUUCGCGCUCACCCGUGCGACACCCCAUCCUAAUGGUAAGUAUGUUGCUUUCCAGUCAGGCGACAACCAGAUUGUCGUUUACGGCGCUACCGACAAGUUCCGCCAAAACCGCAAGAAGAGCUUCCGUGGUCACAAUACCUCUGGAUACGCCAUUGAUCUCAAGCUCUCGCCUGAUGGCCAGUUCCUGGCUUCUGGUGAUAGUGGUGGCUUUGUUUGCUUCUGGGACUGGAAGACCGGAAAGAUGUAUCAUAAAAUUCAAGCUGGUGGGAAGGAGGGUGGUGCCGUUACUUGUCUCGACUGGCAUCCCCAGGAAACGAGUAAGGUGGUCACCGGUGGACUGGAUGGCAUUAUCAGGUAUUGGGAUUAA